AUUUCCAUUUUUCCAAUAGAUAAAUAAAUAAUAAAUAAAUAUAAAAAUAAAUGUUCAUCUUCGUAUAAAUUUGACUUCUCUCACAGUUAAAAUCCUUUUCUUUUGCCGGAGAGCUCUCAGAAAAAUCACGAAUUCCCCCCUUUUUUUCACACACAGAAUGCGCGCAUUUAUUAGCGCGAUAUGAUUGAUGAUUAUAUAAAAUCGGUUUGUGAAUCUCCAUGGAAUAGAAGGAGAUUCAAUGCAGUAAUUGGCGAGGAAAGCAAUUUUUUAUUUAAUCUAAUUUAAUUUAUUACUGAGAAAGAGGGAUGGUGGGUGGUUGAUGGGGUUUCUCCUCCUUUUCACGCUUUCUCUAUCUAGAAUGAGUUUCUUCUCUCUCUAGACUUCUAUUGUGGUGGAUAUUUUGCGAGGGAGAUAUAUGAUCGCGUGCGAUCAGUUUCUUCUGCUCUCGUCAUUGUAAAUUAGCUCGCGAAAGAGAAAAAACCUACAAAAAUUCACAGUAUCGUCUUGGAUCUCCAUAUUUCGGAGAGAUGGGGGCGUGUGUUUCCCGGCCGGAAAAUUGCGUCGGGUUUAAAUCCGGCGGUUCGAGGAGGAAGAUGAGCAUGAAGCGAAGAAGGGCUUUGAAGAAGAGUGCGGCCGCUUCUAAUUAUUUGUCCGAUCGAUCAUCGGAGAAGCUUCCAUCUCUGCCUGCUGAUCGUAACCUCAAUAACCUGCCUCUCAAUGGAAGUGGUGAAGAAGCGUGGUUCGAUCCUGCUGCUUCCCUGGAAUCUGACUGGAGUGAUGAAGAUUUUCAAAGCAUCCCCGAUGAUGUGCUCUCUCUAAGCGGUUUGGAUGGAGCAUCCACGAUGAGCUUUGCUUCUCAUAGAGAUACUAACCAAAUAAAUGGUGAUGUAAGCGUGCAGCAUGUCUCGUCUUUUGAUCACCCCGAGGAGUCUUGUAAUGGCAGCUCAGCGCGCAAUUCUGUCAGCGUAGCAGCUAAAAGCUCAGUCUUUCCGGGUGCUUCUGACUUGAAACUGAAAUCCGGCGAGCUGCAGAGCGGAACUACGCCCGUAUUUGUGGAUGAAAUUUCCUCAUCGACUGGGGAAACUGCUGGAGGUGACGACAGUAUAUUGGUCAAUUGUGGACUUCUUCCAAAUAAUUGUUUGCCUUGUCUAGCUUCAACUGUUCACACCGAUGAAAAGAGAAGAUCACUUAGCUCUAGUCCGAGAAAAAAAGCUGCCUUGAAACUACCCUUCAAGUGGAAGGAAGGACAUCCUGCAGCGGCUUUAUUUUCGUCAAAGGCGGUGCUGCAAAGACCUAUUGCUGGUUCCCAAGUGCCUUUCUGCCCCUUGGGGAAGAGAGUGCCCGAUAGUUGGUCGGAUGUUGAGCCAGGGACUUUUAGAGUCAGGGGAGUGAACUAUUUUAGGGAUAAAAAGAAGGAUUUGGCUCCCAAUUGCGCUGCAUACUAUCCUUUUGGUCUUGAUGUGUUUUUAUCUCAGAGAAAAAUUCAACAUAUUGCUCGAUUUGUGGAACUUCCUUCUGUAAAUUCUUCUGGGAAACUCCCACCGAUGCUUGUUGUAAAUGUUCAGAUACCAUUAUAUCCGGCAACAUUUUUUCAGGGUGAAACAGACGGGGAAGGAAUAAGCUUUGUUUUGUAUUUUAAGCUGUCUGAAAGCUUUGCAAAGGACCUUCCAACCCAUUUUGUAGAAAAUAUUAGGAGGUUGAUUGAUGAUGAAGUGGAAAAGGCUAAAGGUUUUCGUGCUGAAACAAGUGUACCCUUCAGAGAAAGACUAAAGAUAUUGGGUCGAGUAGCAAACGUGGAUGACCUUCCUCUGAGUGCUGCAGAGAGGAAGCUGAUGCACGCCUACAACGAGAAACCUGUACUUUCACGUCCUCAACACGACUUUUAUUUGGAAGAAAAUUAUUUUGAGAUCGAUUUGGACAUGCAUAGAUUCAGCUACAUCUCGAGAAAAGGGUUCGAGACAUUUCUUGAUAGGCUAAAGCUGUGUGUCUUGGAUUUUGGGUUGACAAUUCAGGGUAACAAAGUUGAAGAGUUGCCAGAGCAGAUUUUAUGUUGUAUACGGUUAAAUGAGAUCGAUUAUAUAAAUUAUCAUCAACUUCUGUUUUCCGAAGAAACCAUGGAUUAGUAACUGUGAUAAUGAUGGAUGAAUGCAGUUUUUUUACAUGGAAAAUUUCUUGUCCA